AUUUGGUUGUUGCCUACCUUGUCCCCAACCUUAUUACCUGUAUCCGAGUGGUUAUAUGGAGAAAGGCUUCGAGGCCACUCAGGUUGUAAGAGCGUUAUCUGCUUUCGCGGCAUUAGCUGUGAUGUUGUCGUUCCUUGUGUUACCCGGAAGGAGAUCUCAUCCGAGUAGUCUGAUUCUAUUUGCAAGUAUUUCAAUUUUCCUUUACUCGGCCACCGUCUUCUUCUCCAUUGGCAAUCCGAAAAAGAUUCAGUGCGUGAAUGAUGUGACUCCUAGCACCCAGGAUAACAAUGGCCUCUGUGCUGUUCAAGGGGCCCUUCUAAUAUUCACAUCACACGCAACGGCUUUCUGGACAGCAAUCAUCAUUCUAAAUCUUCAUAUGCACACCGUAUGGAAUUCAAAUUUCAUGGCAAAUAAAUAUCUCUGGUUACACCUCUUUGGAUGGGGCAUACCCACAAUACUUACCGUGGCUGCAUUGGUGGAAAAUUCGGUGGCGUAUCAAUUCGCGGGACUUUGUUUGAUUAAACAGGAGGCUGCGAACGCAAUCUUCUUUUACCCACUGGCGGUUAUUGUGGUUCCCAGUUGUAUCAUGCAUUCCGCUACGUUUUUCCAUAUUGCCAAGGCUUCAAGGUCCGACUCUGGUGAAUCCUCUGGUCUUUCGGAGUUCACCACAACCCGAAAAAUCAAAGUUCUGCAAGCUGUGAAAAUUCAAUGGCGUGCAUUAUUACUUGCCGUUGUCUUGGUGGUCACUGUGUUUACCUACUGGAUAUUCUACUUUAUCGAAUUACGUAACAUCACCGACGGUCCCAAGAAUCGUGAUUUCCUUACAAAUUGGCUGAAUUGUGUUCAAUCAAAUGGUGGGCAGAAUGGGUGUUCGAAAAUUGCUCGAGGAUAUAUGCCGCCCUAUCCGCUUAUAAUGAUCACGGAGUUUUUGGCGAGUCUUAUUGGGAUUUGGUUGUUGGCCAUAUUUUCGAAUUCGGUGUUGUGGAAAGGGUGGGGACA